UUUGAUUCGCGCUGUUCAAACGAUACUAUGCUGCGGCUGUCGACGCGGAUGCUUGCGCAUCCGAUCUUGCUUCGAGGCGGCAUCCACCAUCCCACGCGUACCUUGUCGACGCAUGCCUUUCGCUCGCACACUUGUGGCGAACUGCGUGUGGAUGACAUUGGGAAGGAGAUUAAGCUCUCUGGAUGGGUGGAUGCCAUUCGGUCGUUCGGCCCCAUGACGUUUGUGUCGAUUCGCGAUCGUCAUGGCACCACGCAGCUCGUGUUUGGAAAGGACAACCAUGUGGAUAGUGCGAACUUGCUCAAGCCUGAAACUGUGAUCCGAGUCACUGGCCAGGUCCGCGGACGCCCCAUCGACAUGGUCAAUGCGAACAUGGGGACGGGAGCAGUCGAGGUCGUCGUCGAUGCCGUCGACACGCUCAACACGACGUCGCCGUUGCCGUUGCAAGUGUCUACUGGUUCGGAAGUCGCGAACGAAGACACGCGGUUGCGUCAUCGAUACCUGGACUUGCGUCGGCCGGCGUUGCAGCAAAACCUCGCCCUCCGCUCCAACGUGUCCAUGACAGCUCGCAAUUACUUGUGCCAACUCGGGUUUCUGGAGAUUGAAACGCCCACGCUGUUCAAGAGCACGCCGGAAGGAGCGCGCGAGUUCCUCGUCCCCACUCGAAGCAAGAACCAAUUCUACGCGCUCACACAGAGUCCCCAGCAGUACAAACAGCUGUUGAUGGUCGGUGGCUUGGAUCGGUACUUUCAACUGGCGCGAUGCUACCGCGAUGAAGGCGGUCGCGCGGAUCGCCAGCCCGAGUUUACGCAAAUCGAUUUGGAAAUGUCAUUUGUGACCCAAAAUGACAUUAUGGAUGUGAUCGAGGGCAUGGUCAAGUCCAUUUGGAAGUGCGCGAAUGUAUCGCUGGACCAUGCGUUUCCCAUCAUGAGCUACUCGGAGGCCAUGGAUCGAUUCGGGGUCGACAAGCCCGACACGCGAUUUGGCCUCGAGCUCAAGGACCUGUCCGACAUCAUUCCCGUCGACGUCUUUGGGUCAUCCACAACUACCACGUCGUCCUCUACCGACGUUGUUCGAGCGAUCAACGUCAAGAAGCUGGCCAAGGGCGGGUUUUCCCGCAAGGACAUGGCCGACUUGGAAGCCCUGGCGAAGCGGCUGUCUGUGGAUGGGCGCGGCGUGUACGCGGUCAAGAUUGAGGACAACAUCAAGUGGAAGUCGUCGGUGGCCAAGAAACUGUCGGCAGCGCAACUGGACCAGGUCAACGACCGCCUGGACGUCGAGGACGACGACGUGCUCCUCCUCACGUGUGGCUCUUAUGCAAACGUGUGCACGCUGCUCGGUCGUAUGCGGCUGCAGACGUCGCAACUGCUGUACGCCCGAGGCCAGCUGCAAGAAGAGCUGGAUCCGUUCAAGUACAACCACUUGUGGAUUGUGGACUUUCCCAUGUUUGAAAUGGACAAUGACGGACUGUCGGCGACGCAUCAUCCGUUCACGGCCCCGCGAGAAGACGACUUGGCCAAGUUGAAAGCCCUCUUGGCCACGGGCAAGAAUGCAUGGGAAGACCCGGCGAUGCAGAACGAGCUGCUCACGAUCAAAGCGCAGCAUAUGGACCUUGUGUGCAAUGGAUGGGAGCUGGGCGGGGGCUCCAUUCGUCUGCACUCGAUGGAGUUGCAGCAAUCGGUGCUUCAGCAAGUGCUCAACCUUCCUGACGUCCAAAAAAAGAGCUUUGAGCACUUGCUCAACGCGUUGGGACAUGGGGCUCCUCCUCACGGCGGCAUUGCAUUGGGGUUGGAUCGACUCGUUGCUAUUUUGUGUGGAGCGCCAAGCUUGCGCGAUGUGAUUGCGUUUCCCAAGUCUACCACUGGCAAUGAGCUCAUGACGGGAUCGCCUGGCCCCGUGACUGCGGACCAGUUGAGCGAAUAUCACAUUUGCGUAGCUAAGACCGACGAAUAGCUCCGUAGCAACUAGUAGUACACGACGCGCGGCUAACAACUCAAUUCACAAUCUCUGCAUGUCCA